AUGGCGCGUUGGCUGUUGGGAAUCACGGUGUUGCUGGCGAUGGGAGCAGGAGGAGCGGGAGGAGCAGGAGGAGACGGAGAAGGAGGAGGAGGAGCAGUGGAGCGAAGCAUCAGGCUUCUCCGACCUUCAACCAGGGAUUUUGUUGAGGUGAUACAGGGAGGGUCACUGGCAUCGGACGUGGUCGUGGAGCUGAAGAACUUCGUGGUUCCAAGUGAUGGCUACAUGAUGGUCGAGUUCCUCGAUAGCAAGCUCUUCCUCUGCCCAGGCAUCGUCUAUGAUCUUCAGGAUUGUGACAUGACGGGCAAACCGAUCGAGUCGAGGUUCGCUUUCACCUUGAUAGGCAUAGAGAUGGGCUUUCAGAACGUUUGCGUCUCUAUCCACGACUGGGAAUCCAAUAUGCUCUCCAACGACUGCCGAGGUCUUGUAGGAAGUCAAGCAUUUCCUGGGCCAUUGGAGACUGUCACUUAUUUUCAGGACAUGACUGAAGAGUUUCUUGAUAGAAAUCUGCCUCGCAACAUUCUGCAAAAGUUGCUGACCUUCAGUUCGGAUCUCGACCCGCUCGUCUGGAUGAUACGGAGUGAAGGCUCAGAUCUCUCUCAAGCUCACUCGAAGUUUUCUCUUCCUGCUCUCAGCUAUCACACUGUCUGUUUGAUGUGCCCAGUUGCCUCCAACCCGAUUGGUUUUAGGGCCCUGCAAGACAUCUCUCAGCUGAAACAACUUCUGUUGAGUGAUCAUGACGAUGGGAAGUUGUUCAUCAUUGAUGUUGAGGGCGACGAGGUCAAUUUCCAGGAAAUGUUUGAGCCCGACGACAUGUCAUGGCUUCCAGCCAUCAAGCCGGUUCAUGAGAAGACUGAGAUAGAUGCAGCAGCUGAUCUCCUUGUCAGGGAAAAACCCGAGCUGAAGACGCUGGUGGAUCGCCUAGCAGGCGUUGGAUACCAUGGAUUCUUGGUCGGCACUCAGAGAAUUUCGAUCCUCAACGGGGACAUGUGGAGCAAGAUGUAUGAAGAGUCAGUUGAUACGACCGAUGAAGGCAGCAAGUUGCUGUUUGCAUUCAUGUCGUAUGAAAGUGAUCUCUAUGCCAACAUUCUGAUGGACUACAACGCAUCUGGGAUGACCAUCGGCUGUGCUCCUCGAUCGAUGAUGUCAUUCCACACCCCUAACGGCUACCUGGCGGACGACUGCCCUCCCAACUUCAACAUCUACCGCACAAGCCGCCUCAAACUGUUCGAGAGCGCGUUGGCUAGUGGCAAUCGACGUCUGCACCCUUCCUCUCUCCUCAGGUACCGGAGAAACGUGUACUCAGAAGCCGGGGAGGACGGGAUCACAGAGUUCAUCAUGGAGGCGCUGGGGGUGAAGGAGGGGUCCUGCUUCGAGUUCGGGGCCUGGGACGGGAUCUUCGCUAGCAACUGCCGCUAUUGGUUCGAGAAAGGAUGGAGCGGGAUCAUGAUCGAGGCGGAUGAAACAAAGUUUCGAGCGCUUCAGCGCAACUACCGCAAUCUCCCUCGAGUUGCCCUCAAGAACGCCAUGGUGGAGGCGAAGGGAAACAACUCAAUCCUCCACCUGGCGGAGGAGCUCGCGGAGGACGGGAAGGUUGACAUCCUCUCUAUCGACGUGGACGGGCUGGACUACGAGCUGCUGCUCUCCCUUGAGCACCAGCCCGAGUUCCGUCCCUCCCUCAUCAUAGUCGAGACCAACGGCUUCAUCCGCCCCGACUUGAGCAGCAAGCUUGACGUCGAAGCCUCGUCGCACAAUCUGCAGCAGUCGCUCAAAGUCUUCCAGCAGCUGGGGGAGCAGCUGGGGUACGAGCUCGUCUGCUUCACUCAGAACGCGAUCUUCCUGCGGCGAGACCUGGCAGAGGAGCUGAAGAGGAGCUGGAGGUUGGAGCCCUCCUGUUCGGUCAAUCGGCUCUACCUCGAUGCUCUCUCAACCAACUGGAACGACAUGCUGCUUAACAUCCAGGCGACGAGGAAGGGAGCGACUGAGGCGGAGAUUCGAGAGUUUGGAGAGUUCAACACAACGAUCUCGAUGGAGACACUCGAGCAUCUGGCGCGGGAGGAGGAGAGAAGAAAAUGUCCGCAGGCACUAUUUGAGGGUUGA